UUGCAGCAUACCUCAUAUCUGGCGCUUGUGUAUAUAAUAAUGGUUGUUAUUGUGUGUGAUUGGUGUUGAUUUGGCAGGAUAGUUCUUUUCACAGUCUAGAAGUGCCAGUGGGGUAAUUUAUUUCAGCGAGAAGAAGGUGGGGUGGGAAAAUUGUUUGAAACAUUUUCACUUCAUUCUCCACCUCUACCAUAAAUGACGACGGUUCCUUAUUAGAUGUGAUCAUGUGCAUGCAGAGUGAUUUGUAAUACGUUGGCAUUGUGAAAAAAUAACAUUGUUGCGGUCUACGUGAUUAUACCCCACAUGCAAUCAGCCAGUGAACGUCAUUAUAUACCUUUUGUAUAUUUAGCAAAUGAUAUCAUAUUUUAUCCACGCAAGUACAGUUAAAACACUGAAAUAGGUUUUUGAAACAAGUGAACCAUACUGAUUUACUUUCAUGACUCUCAUCGAUGAAGAGCCGAUAGCGAUGAAAAAAACUCUCUUUCUAUAAUGGUUCAAACAAAAACACUUAUCACUUAAACAUUUCCGAUCGAGACUUUAUAGAAACCGCAGCAGUAGACGAACGGAACUAAGCUUCUAAUAUAACCUGGCCGUGCGCCCAUCACUUGUUCUUACUAAUAAACAAGAUCGUAUCGGUAUAAUCUCGGUUAAAGUUAAUUAUACCAUCUCGCGUUAAACGAUUGACCGUCGCGUCGAGCGUGUUUACAUGAAAAUGCAAUUUUUGUUAUACGACGUAAUUUUAGUGUGAUACUAUGAUAGUCUGACUGUUCGUAAUUUGGUUUUCGACCAGAUAUGACCAACCUCGUCCCCAUGCAGGAUUUCAGUGAAACGAGGUUGCGAUAUGACCUAUAUAUAACAUCUAAUUCGACUGGUGCAUGAAAAAUAGUAUUUAGCGAAGCGAAUCAGAGAAAAAUAUUUUUUUACGAAGAUAACCACAGGAAGAUAAAAUUCAUGUUUGUGUAUGGAAUCAAGCGUGCAUGAAUUCUGCGCUAUAUAUAAAAAUUGCAAAUAUUAUUUAAUAUAUAAUAUAUUAUUAUUCAUGUAUACAAACCGCAAGUCAAACUCGAAGACAAGUUUCAAAACAAAACCAAAGGUUGCAUUCUGACACUGAUUCCAAAGCUCUAUUUAUAUAAUGGUUCAAACAAAACACUUAUCACUUAAACUGAAAAAUAUAACUCGCAAUACAUUAGUGCACCAAUAUACUUUAAACAUUUUAAAAGCAGCUGGGUGUAUGCCUAUAUAUAACAGUGAAGAAGUAUGAAGUAUGUUUAACAGCUUAAUAAGUAAUUUUUAGGCUGUUCUUAUCAAUGCUGUGUUAAAAAACAUGACUAUAAACUCCCUGAUAUAAUUUUAUAUUAAUAAUUUUAUAUCAAUUUCGUCAGUUCCAGAAAACCAUUUGACACUUAAUCCUUGACUCAAUAUUUCGCUAAUCGGUAUUCAAUUUUCUCAUUCUUUCUUUUCGUGAUAUUGACUCAAAGUUUGGACCUGCAAUGUGUGCAUGCCAAGUCCACUUCGAGAUGGUAUAAAAGCAAGGGGCAAAGCCCGGCACAGCACAAUCUUUUUAGACGCAGUGUCAGUAUACUAAUCAAGAAGAAGGAUUAAAGACACGAAUAUGAAUAUGUCUACAAAAUUUAUCGCAGCAGCUGUCUUCCUUUGCGAAAUCUUUUUCAGUUCAGCAAACCCUGUUUCUUCGAAGACGAAUGUGUAUAUCCCAGGAGAUGAUAGAGCAAAUUGGGAAGCAUUGUGGAAUGCGAUGAAAAAUGAUACUCGGUCGUCAGGAACUCAUGGACCCGGUGAUCAGAGUAGUGCAUUUGACGAAAUUGUCAAAAUAAACGCCAGAGAAAGAGGAAGCGGAACACGAAAAGGCAAUGGGAGUGACUUUUUGUUUGAAGGUGACAUUAAGAUGAGCAAACAAGAGGCGAUAAAUAUAAUAACGCAUCACGCCGUCACGUCUCGUCAAAGACGGGCGAUUACAAAAAAUCGUGGUAUUUUAUGGCCAAAAAAUAUUCCUUAUGCUAUCGACACUAGUUUAAAUGAUGUUCAAUCAAACAUCAGAAAAGCGAUUGCAGAAUGGGAAACAACAUUGCCUUGCAUGGGUGAAUGGCGAGAUGUAACAAACGAGAAUAAACCAAGAGAUUUCAUGUACUUCUUCAGUGGCGAUGGAUGUUACUCAGACGUUGGACGAGUAGGUGGAAAGCAGGGAAUAUCAAUUGGUCGUGGUUGUGAGGAUCAUGGAAUAAUAAUUCACGAAAUUGGUCAUGCAAUGGGACUUUGGCACGAGCAAUCCCGCCCGGACAGGGACAAUUAUGUAGACAUUCUUUGGGAUAACAUUAUACCAGAUUUAAAAUUCAACUUUGAAAAGCAAAGCGAGGACACGGUCGAUAGUCUUGGCGUCCAGUAUGACUAUGAGAGCGUCAUGCAUUACGGAGCAUAUGCUUUUUCAAAGAACAAUCUGAAAACUAUCGAGACUAAACCUGUUGCGGGGAAACCAAUAGGACAGGAAGAAGGGCUUAGUGAGCUGGAUAAAAAGCAAGUCCGACUUCUUUAUGGAUGUGAAACGCCAUCAGGUUGUAAUGGCGAUGUGCAGUCUGCUAGGAAUUGCCAAUAUUGGAAGGGUUUGGGCUACUGUCAGAAAACAUUCGAGAGUUAUAUGGAGAAAAACUGUUGCAAGACAUGUAGUGAUACAGGUUGCGAAAGCGAUGUGCAGUCUGCUAGGAAUUGCCAAUAUUGGAAGGGAUUGGGCUAUUGUGAGAAGACAUACGUGAGUUAUAUGGAAAAAAACUGCUGCAAAACAUGCAAUGGUUGCAAUAGCGAUGUGCAGUCUGCUAGGAAUUGCCAAUAUUGGAAGGGAUUGGGCUAUUGUGAGAAGACAUACGUGAGUUAUAUGGAAAAAAAUUGCUGCAAGACAUGCAAUGGUAAGGGAAUUUCAGCUCCUGGGGACCAAUGA